UUCCUUUCAAAAACCAUCGGAGGAGACCACGGAAGCAGCACAUACAGCCUCCCUUGCUUACUUAUAAAAGUGCUCGUUGUUAGUUGCUUGUUAUCAACGACUGCGUUUGUUUCAACGGGUUUUACAGAAAAGUUGGAAGGAUCACAAUGAAAUCAAGCGCGUACAACGUUUUCCUGGCCAUCGUCGCCGCUGCCUUAGCUUUACUGUUUGUCACAGUAAACGCUGCACCUAUGGAGGCGGAUGACGAGGCGGCGGAAAACACUCUGGUGGCACACCCGGACGGUGACAUGGAAAUGUCGGCUCCUUGGGAUGCUAUCAACACUGCCGCCCUGCGCAAACUGCUGCUGCAACUCGACGCUGAAGAGAGGAUGGGCAGGGUGACUCGCUCGUGGCCCCAGGCGGAGCCCCGCGGCUGGGGCCUGCGCGCGCUGGACGGGCGCCUGGCGAGGCAGUGGCGCGCAGACAAGAGGCAGGUGCGGUUCCGCCAGUGCUACUUCAACCCCAUCUCCUGCUUCCGCAAGUGAACGCCACCAGCUCAACGAUGCAUCGACCCUAUGACCUAGUUGUGUAGUCACCACUAUUCAUCUCAUCUCAUAAUUUUUUCUUCAAAUAGACCUCGUAUCAAAGGCCACAUUGUGAAACGCUGUCACACAAAAGCACUGUCAAAUUAUUUAUUUACUACCCGAAAUAUUAGGACUGUUUCAUAAUGAGGUCAUUGAUUAUCCCAAAAUAAUUCUAUGAACAUACAUACAUGAAGUGUAAAUAAAUAUUGUAACCACAUUAAUGUCGCCUAAUGUACUAGUAAUGAACAAUUAUUUGUCUUAAAACAUCUAUCACAGUUCAAGUGAAAUGUCGUAAUAAAUUACUAUUUUAACGCCAAAGUAUUUCUAGAAGUAAACUUAAUUAAAUGUUGAGCAUAAUAAGAAAUCUGAAUUAUAACUAACUUGUUUUCGAAUAACAUAUUUGAUUAAACCUUCCUUAGUAGAUCGUGUCUAGUCAUAGCUUAUAAUGUCUGUCUAGGUCAAAAUACGAUUUUAGGGUACUAUACGAGUAUACAUUUUAUUUUAUUUUUAUUUCAAUCAAUUUUCAGACUAAUGGAAGAAUGUAUUUUUAUUAGUUUACGUUACAAAAACUUUGUCACUCCGGUUUUACAUUAUAAUCUCUACUUACAUUAUACUUAAGAACUAUUAUAAUAUAUACAUUAUGUAAAAUCUAUACUAAAAAAAAACUAUUGUAGAUAAGUGUUAUUAUUAAUAAAGAUAAUCAAAGAAAUA